AGAGGCCUCUCCUUGGGCUCCGCCACUUGCCGCUGGCCGGCCAUGGUCGAGCUCCUGGAAGCUGGAGCUCAGGCCAGCGGAGCAGGAGCAAGGGGAGGAGACCGCGACGUGGCGGAAUCGUCCUCCUGUGGUACGUGGAGUUCGUCUGCGAUGGAAACUGGUGUGCGGGAGCGCCGGGUUGGCGGCGGCGGUGGAAACACGACGGCGCGGCAACGGCGCAGAGCCGGCGAAGCGGAAGGCCACGCGCUCGGCCGAGGAGAGCCUCGUCGUCGCAGCGGCACCGCGGUGCUGGGGCGCACCUUCCCAGCCGCCGCAGCGGCAACCAGAGGGCACCAUCGGCGAGAGCGGCGGCGGCGGACAUGGGGAACGAACGCCAUGCCGCGCGGUGCGAGGGGCGCUAGUGCCGCUGGAUCAGGUGCGCCUUCGCCGGAUCCACCCAUUCCCGCUCGUCGGCCGACCUCCUUCCGCCGCAGGUGAUUGCCUCCAUUCAUAUAUACUAGAAAUUGGCACUGAUAAGCGGCCAAGGCUUUUCCAAGUUCCUUAGCCACUGCUGACCAAGAUGCGUACAGGAGCUUCAAGUUUUGUACUAGUAUUGUUUUAUCUGCAAGACCAAUAUUCUCAAGUUGCGUCUCACUUUCUUUCCCUGUCGCUAGUGAUCACACAUGCGUUCAAACCAAUCUACAUUUGGUUUUCCACACCAGCUUGAACGCACCUCUCCUACUCUCUCCACUCAGUGCCUUUCGGCCUAUUUAUUCCAACAUGUAACUGAAGGCUCUCAUUCUUGACUAGAGUCAAAUAAAUCUUCUUGAGCGACUUGCCUACCUCGUUUUCCCUUGUAUAGGACCAAAUCCUCCACAUCCUAGACCUGCAUUGCAUACCUCUUUUUCGCUGUCUCAGUCUUCGAUAUCAUUGAACUCUCUUUAAGUUCUCAUGUUGCCUCAUUGUAUGACUUUACCCUCGAGAUAUCGCUGCAUACAAGGGAUAAAUGUCCAUGUGUUCUAAGGUAGGUCCUUUACAGCUGCUAAGCUAAGUCUUUGCUUGUGAUCCAAAUAAAGUUCCUUUUUUUUUUGCCAUUCAUGUAUGCUGUUAUGUGUUGAAUCUCCUCAACAGGGAAGGGAUACAACAGAUCCUUGAAUCCUGAUGGCGGAGAUUGUCAGGUCUGCAGUUGUCCAGGAGACAGUAAGCCAAAUCAUCACUAAUCUGGUUCAAAGUUAUGAGGAGAAAGAGGAAUCAAAUGCGAACAGAAACUUGGAGAGGCUAGAGAUGGCACACAUCAGGCUGGAGGCUGCUCUUGAGACUUCAGAAAAGUGGCAGAUCACUGAUGCGUCCUUGUUGCGUUGGCGCAGGAAGCUAAAGCGUGCUGCCCAAGAGUGUGAUGACACUCUGCAUAAAUGCAAACAGAGGAUCCUAGAUGACGAAGAGAUAGAAAAGAGGGUGAGAGAUUCCCCAUUUCCUGUACGUAUAGCACAUACUACUAAGUCAUUUGUUUUCUCCAUCUUUAGCCCCAACAAAGACGAGUCAAACAUUUCCGUUGUUCGAAGAUUUGAGUGGUUUGCAGAUGGUGGUAGUGAGUUUCUGAGAUUAGUAGAGCUUGGUGGCACACCCAAUUGUCACAUGCCCUUUGACCCUCUUAUCAGGCACCUUCUUACAGGCAAGAAACUGCAGCACAGAAUCAUUCGAGCAAACAAGUGCCCUUUGUUUCUACAGUUGGUUCCCUUUAUUACUGCAGAGCAUCGAAUAGAGGCUAGACUCAUCUUUAUUCAGACAGAUGGUAAUGUAUCGGAGGAUGACUUUUUCCUUUCUAUAAUGCUACAGCUUUCAGAGAGUACAGACAUAGUAGGGACUGCAAUUAAGUGCCUACAACCGUAUGCCCCUCUUUUCAAGUCUACAGUUGAAACUGUUAGAAAAGAACUUAUACAACAAGCUACAGAAGACUUCUCAUGGGUGCCACAUGUCGAUACGCAUCACAAAGAACAUUGGGAUAAUGUUCACAGCUUUGGCACUGAUUGGUUUCGCCUGAACCCAUUGUGUUGCAAGCAGAAUGAUCAGCACAAGUUCUAUCAUGGAUUCAUGGUAGAAAGUUAAACACAUCAAGUUUACCAGACGUCUCUUUAGAACCAGUCAUUGAAGUACAUCUGCAGUGCCAUAUCUCGCUCUCAGAGAGCAGCCAGCAUAGGUCCUUACUGUUCGAUACAAAAAAUUCUCUACAAGAUUCUCCAUAUCUGAAAUUUGGGCUCCUUUUGACGCCCCAUGGAUAUUUAGAAGACAUCCUACUUGUGGAUAAAAGUCCUGCAAUACCAGCAUUCUACAGCAAGGAGCAGCAUUGCUUGCAUACAGACUUCACCUUUGGCCAACUUGGAGAGAUCAUACUGCCAAAGGCAAUAGAUUACUUCUGCAAGAAUGACGAAGCGACAGUCUACCAAAUGCUUUGGAAACCAAAACAUGGCGCUGCAUACAUUCAGGUUGAGAAGGCAAGCAUGAACUCACGAAGAACAAGCAUGAGAACAUGGGGAAAUUUCCGGGGACCUAGGAAAGGAAAGAUGUUGCAAUGGCAUGAUCAAGAGAUAGGGAGACAGACAAACACGAUCUUUCAAUUUCUCAACCUGUGGGUUGCACAUGCGCCUGUCCAGCUGCAAGGCUCGAUUGUGGACUGGAUUCAGAAAGAAAAGGAAAGUCAGUUAGCAGCAUCGCAACUACAUCUGAAAUUCUAAACCAUCUAGCAUGGAUGGAUAAGGGAAAUCAGAAAUACAAGACUGGAAAUGGGAUGUUCUAGGGAACACAUCAAUAUUUGCAGUUACUAUUCAUGCUGGGCACAACUAUGCCAGAAACAUAAAAGUCCUAUGUCGUGAGAGCAAAAUCUUUGCAAGAAGGUUGUGAAGUUACAUCUCAGCACUCUUUUCUGUUGCCUAAUAAAGUUACAAUUAGAGGUACUAAGUUGUACACUAGGGACUUGUGCAUGUAUAGCCCAUCAAUCAUUUUUAGUUUUCGUGUGGUGUCGCUUGUUUCUCGCUAUCUGAUCUCAUUUAUCAAAAUGUAAUUUAUCUUUCAGCGUCUGUAGUGUAGUUAUUUUUUCCUUGAGAAUUUUAAGUGGGUGGAUAUGUUACCAUGUAAUAUCACCAUUUUAGAGCAAAAUAUAAGGAUAGCAAUCUAUUGUGACUUGUAUAUACCUCUCUUUAUAGCUGAUAAUCGCAUCCUGUACAGUUUGUACAUGUAAACUUUAUUUGACUGGGAAUUUCUCGAUUUUA